GUGGAAAAGGUAAGAUGCAUCGUAAAAACACCUUUUAGUAGCACGGUGCAUCUACUGUCCGUGAUCUAAAUACAAUGUAUAUAGAUUUGUACUGUGACAUGCACACUGUUCUCAAAAAUGAAUUUAAAACAGAAGGAAGCCUAUGAUAUUGCCAUCGCAGUCCACAAUUUAUACAUAGGUGGAUCAGCGGGAACUGGCAAGUCCUUUCUGAUUUCAGAAAUAGAAAACGGACUCCGUAAAGCAGACAAAAGUGUUCAUAUCACGUGUACAACAGGGAUAGCUUGUGCAAAUUUUAGCAAUGCGAUGACAAUUCACAGAUGGGCUGGCAUAGAUGACGGUCGAUAUUCAUCCAAAGAAAUUGCUACAUUGAUCAAGGAAACCCCCAAACACAGAGACACUUUAGAACGAUUGAUGAAGGCUGACACACUAAUAAUAGAUGAAAUAAGCAUGCUUUCAGAUAAGCUUUUUCAGCAACUGGAGGAAGUAUGCAGUCUGAAAAAUCCAGAUGUUAUCUUUGGUGGUAUACAACUUAUACUCUGUGGCGAUUUCAGACAACUCCCACCUGUUCCUAAUGUACAAUACAAUGAUGAAGGUAACUUCUGCUUUCAGUCAGAACUAUUUCAAACUGCUGUUCCUCAUCGUGUUAUAUUAUGUGACAUAAUCAGGCAACAAGACCAGACCCUUAUUAAAGCCAUCCAAGAGGUCAGUGAAGGGGUUGAACUGACAGAAGAAUCAUUAACCCUUAUUAACUCUAUGGAGAGGCCAUUACCAACAGGGCCUCCUUCUGUUAAGUUGUUUGCUACUAAUAACCUUGUGGAUGACUAUAACAGAAGGCGUAUUUUGAACUGGAGGGGAGAGUUGAUUGAGUACUCUGCAGUUGAUACUGGGGAUAAAAAAUAUCUCUCAAAGAUACUGGCUCCACAAAAACUUUGGUUGAAGGAAGGUUGUCCAGUUGUGCUCCUUCGCAAUUUUUCCAAAGUUCUUUACAAUGGAUUGCAGGGAUAUAUUGUUUCACUGGGGAAAGAUGGACCUGUAGUGGACUUCGGAUCAUUAGGUGUACAUAGGAUAACACAAAUUAAGUUCACAGUUUGGGAAACAAAUAUUACUGAAAGCCCAAAUGUAUUGAUGACACAGUUCACAGUACUUAUAAUGAUUACAAUGUACAUACAUUAUAAUGAUAUUGAUUACACAUACAUUGCAUGUAUUUAUGUUCAUUUAGUAUUUAGUCCUGUCAUUGGAAAGAAUGUGGCAGAAAGGAUGCAGUACCCAUUGAAGCUUGCCUUUGCCCUGAGUAUCCACAAGGCCCAAGGAAUGACUCUGGAUAGAGUAGAAGUUGACUGUCGCAACAUAUUUAAAGCUGGUCAGCUAGGCGUUGCCAUGGGAAGAGUUAGGAGUGCGGCUGGGCUUCGUAUCCUGAAUUUCAAUCCGAGUGUUUGUAUUCAGCAGCCAGAUAUCGUCCAGACCUUCAUUGACACACCGUCUCGAGAACUUGAUGACAGUCUAUACUGCUGUAAUGCUAUCAGACAGGUGUCCAUGGAUUGGCAGACCAUAUUUGGGCCAGAUGACGACGACGAUUUCAUUGUUGAUGGGAAUCUCGGAUGUGAAGGUGAAGCAGAAACAGAAGAGGAAGAUGAAGAUACUUUUGAUGAUGACUUCAACAAAAUCAUUGUAUCUGACAGUGUAUUCUCAACUGAUGAACUAUCUGAGUAUACUUUGCCGGCUUCAUUUGACCCAGGGGCUCUCCUUCAAACAAUGCGAUCAAAGCAUGAAGCCACAGCUAUACAAACGGAAUCAAAUGAAUUGAUUGACCAUUUGCUGAAGUUUCAUGUUGAGAGGGUUGCAGACUUCUGCAAAAAACAAUUCUUAGUUUUGUCUGCAUUUAUGGAAGACCUCAACGUCACUGCUUCUGGUCCAGUAAAGUCUGAGGCUCUUUGUCAUUUUUAUGAAAAAUGCAAUCGGCAUCAAACAAGCCAGGAAUACCUCUUGACUACCAUGAUACUGUUUCAAGACCUGCCCAUAUAUUCUGAUGCCCAAGCCCACAUCUGCUACAAGUUGGCAGUGGAGGUAAGGAAGUUCUUGCUUCAGGAGAAGGUUGACCUCUUCCAGACAACCAAGAAAUCCACUUACCAGAGGUUUGUGACCAGUGCAUCAAAAGCGAGGAUCCGUUAUGUUGGUGGGUAUUGUAUCAGUAAGGUCAGAUAUCGCAAUCUGCAGCUUCAAAAGACAAGAGCAACCAAAGUCAGCAUUGAAGACCAGCAACAGUAUGAGGAAUCAACAAUGGCAAUCAACAUACUGGAUGCUUUAAGGGAGAAUGAGGUUGUGUUGGAAAAACAUUCUGCUCUUCCUGAAACAUUGGUUGAUGUCAUCAGGAAACAAAAUGUAAGCAGGGGGUUAACUCAGAUCAGAGAUGAACUAUUCUUAUUUUUCAUGAAGCUGUGUGAACAUUGUCUUACAAACCUGACUGAUCAACAUCUCCAUCAACACGGUCAACAUCUCCACAGUCAAUGUUUUAAUGUAAUCAUGGGGAAUAUUCAACUUUACGAACAGUUUCUGAAAGUUGUCAAGACAGUGCCUAUGAAAAGUUUUUCUUUGUAUGAAAAUACAUGUGAUGUGGGUUCAUCAGUCGUUGAAGACAUUCUCAAUAAACUCACAUUGGAAGUCUCUGUGACCGAGUGUAUUUACAAGGAUAUUGUUGAGAAGUUUGUCAUGGUGAUGCUUAAUCAAUUUAGGAAAGACCUGCUUCAAGCAUUUUCAGUGGAGAAAACAUUAGCUCACAGAAAGCAAAUUUUGAUCAAGAAAUCAAAACAAAGUGAUAUUCAGGGAACAGUCAGCUUUGAUAGUAUCAGUAAAGAUAACUCCAUAGGUAAAGAUAUGUCACACAAUUUACUGAAAGGUUUACUUCUCCAACAGAAAGAUGUUUUGAAGUCAUUUACCAAGACCAACCUCCAAACAUUAUGCAAGGCAUACUCUCUGAAGGUAUCAAGGGUUUAUACAAAAGCAAAAUUAAUGCAGGACUUGAAAGCAAGGAUACUCGCCAGUAAUACCAUGCCAAAUCCAAACGUCAUUCACCAUGACACAGAAUCCAAGAUGGCAGAGACAACUACUCUUUCAGAACCUCAACCAGGACCAAGUUCUGCAGCAGAUUCUUUUGAGGACACUCAGAAAGAACCUAAAGGUACCUCGACUGAAGAGGAUGAAGCAAUGCUUCAAAAAGAUCCUGAAGAAGAGGAAGUCUGCAAAUGCCACACUUCUUCAGUGUGUGUAAUGGAGGAACAGUGCCACACUUCUAGUGUGUGUAAUGGAGGAACAGUGCCACGCUUCUUCAGUGUGUGUAAUGGAGGAACAGUGCCACACUUCUUCAGUGUGUGUAAUGGAGGGACAGUGCCACACUUAUAA